UUAAAUCGACUCACGUGUUUGCUUGGAGAAACCGCGCAGAAAUGUCGAUUUGAAUCAAUAGAAGAGAUCGGAGAGCCAUUUGACGACACGCAGCACGGGAACUUUCCCACCAAGUCAUCGAUCGGACGGCAACAUUGCUAUCGAAUUUGGCCUUUUCACGACGUAUUUACUGCGCGAUUCCAUCUCAGUGGAACACUUCGCUUUUUCAUCCUGUCGUAUUUGACGCGAACGCGGAGCGACUUUUCCAACCUGGGCUGAACUAGUCAAACACAUUCAAAGCGCGAAUCAAUUUCAGUCAUCUUCAUUACACACGAGAAUCUAAAUGUAGCAGUGGCGCAUUUUGUGCAUCUUACCGGCGUUGUGUGUGUGUGUGUGUGUGUGUGUGUGUGUGUGGCUUGGGUGGGCUGCUCGGAAGAGCGCGUCGAGCAAAUCCGCGCUUGGAGUUGAAAAUGCCUUCGCUCGCUCCGUGCUCGGAAGUUCCAAGAAGCUUUUGGCUGCAAAGGGGGGAGCGUUGACCCGGGAAGAGCGCGGAGGCUCGCCCGAGUCAAGCUGUAUGCGCCGAGAUAAGCCGCGGGUGUACCAGGGAGUGAGGGUGAAGACCACAGUCAAAGAGCUCCUGCAGAGGCACAGAGCCCGCGAGGCCAACCGUAAAAAAGGGAAAACGAUAUCUCAAGCUUGCUUGGAUCCUGCGGCUUUAUGUGCGUCAACCCUUCCAACAUUUAGCUAUGUGGAAACCCCCGCCGCCCCCUUUGCGGAUCCCGGCACAUGUGCAGCCCUCCAGCCGCGCCCCGCCUCCUACCCGGUCCCCGACAUCGGGUGCAGCAUCCCGGCGCAGGAAGGCAGCUUUUCCAUCGGGGACAUGAUGGUGCCCAUCGACUGUUACAGUGCAAACAGCAACAGCGACGAUUGCUACGAAAGCACUUUGCCUCCCCCUCCGUCCUUCCCGCUGCCCUGGAGCCACGACCUUGCCUCGGACUCGGACCACUAUGGCCACGGGCUGGCUCCCCGCUCCUCACCGGCAUCACUGCAACUCUGCAGCCCCGUGGAUCACCACAGCUACUCGCCGCAGGAUUCUUUCUCGUCCUCUUCCUCUCCCUCCUGCGACGACUCGCCCACCAGGAUGGCGUGCAACUUCAUUAGCUACGCCUCAGAGCGCUACCACAACCAGCACUGCACCCUCCAGGACUGUUAUUGCCUGACUCAGUGCUGGGCCGACCCGCAGGAGAGCUUCUGCACUCCUGAAUACUCGCCUCAUUACCCUCCCACAGACUAUGCAUACCCCUGCCUGGUGGAAGAGAAUUAUUUCAAGAGCAAUUUUGCAAUGAGCACUGAAAUGUUUUAUAAUGUAUUAUGAUGUCGGGUUUAUUGCUUUUCAAGCACUCGGUAAGGAUCUGCUUGUACGUGGCAAGGGUGGAGUUGACAUGAUGAAUGGAUAAUGGAUGGAUGAAAUGUUUGUUGAUUUUGGGGUGUUCUUUUUAAUUCCUCAGAUUUAUUUUCAUAGCCAUAACAAGUUGACAUUUGUCAUAAAAUAUUAAAACAUCAUAAAGCUUAUGAGCUAUCCAUUAUCUUCCGCAUUUUCCGGGUUGCACAAAUACAACUCCUCAAGGGAAACGAUGUCUAAAGUGAUGUUUAUAAGGUUUCAGGUAAAAAAAUAAAUCCAGUGCUCAGGCACUGCUACGGCGUAUACAUCUGCAGCUGUGCAGCUGUAUAAUCCAGAUCUAUGUAUGUAUAAACUAUCCAUCCUUCCAUUUUCUGUGUAUGUAUACCCCUUAUUCUCUGUCAUUCGCUCAUUCUCUUCACACCAGGAAAGUUCCUUGGUCUGUUUGUUUGGACUGGACCAAAAGCGGACUUGACUUUUUUUCGUUCGGUGUGGUUCGCAUUUACAUUGCACAUUCACACAUUCGAGGGCGGGACAAAGCAUAGACUCGGCAUUUCUUUUCUGCAAAUUUGCGCUCUUAUUAAAGCUGCAAAAUAUUUUGUGGCGUCAAGUAUUAGGUCCGAAACAAGGAUAGGAACCUUGUAUAAUGAACUGUGUAGCAGCGUUUAGAGGACCAGUAAUAAGGGACGGAGUAACCUGGCAUGCAGCGUCUGUCGUUCCUACGGUUAUAAGCUAUGGGAUAUUGACUUGUUGGGUCAGAGGGAGGCCAAUUUGUAUCCGCAUCACAAACGAACAGCACUGACUUCAUUUGGAAGUGGACCGAGACCACCUCAACAAGUCGGUCUCGGAGCAGUUGUUUGGUGCGCACCAGGAUUAGCUUGUGUGUAUUCACACCUGCACAAACGGCAUGGACCAAACGGGAAACAAACUCUGGUUCACUUGGUCCAAAUGUGGCAGCUGUGAAUACACCCUUAGGGUCAAAGGAUAAGAUGGAGCCCAUCCCAGCUGACUGACCAGAAAUUUAUGGAGAUCAGUUUGAACUGAAUGUAAUCAUAUGAAUUCAUCCAUCAACAUAAAUAAUUAUAUAAAAAAUAAUAAUUUACAUAUUAUUAUAGAACUCUGAGCAGAUCUCAUCCAUCCCCGGCAUGCUGCCACUGAGAAGCUUUUUAAAGUGCCACAAAACAGGCCAGAAAUGUUGUGUAAAUUCGACACAACACAGAAAAGAGUAAUGUUAAGAAGCUGGACAAUCAAUGGGUGGAUAUAAAAAAAAAAAAAAUCGCUAAGUAUGUGAAAUCAGGCUUCAAAAUGGUCCAGAUUUGAGACAUUCUUUGAGCUUCCAGACGUUGUAGGCAUGUUGCUUGGUGCUCUGCACAGUCCCGCCUCUAGAUGUCAAUCAAAUACUUAUUCUAUCGAGGUUUCGCUGCUACUUUCCUGCAAGCAGUGUGAGAGAGGAUCAAUACUCAUCACAUGGCUCUCCUAUGGGUGGGUGGGGGGCGGGUGCGGGUGGGGGUGUUUGCAGGGGGGGUGGGGGGGGGUGGCAUUGGGUCCAUGCGGCCCCCACUGGGUGGCCAGUUGUCAGGGCGCCUCGGUGCAGGACGUGUCCCGACCGCCAGGCUGCUCUCGGGUGGACCCCCUGGGCCCGAUCCCGCCCCUCGAUUGAUUGGGUGGGGUCCUCAGCCUCUGCGGUGCGGCCACAGCAAUUACAGGACACUUCUGUCAGUCUUUGUGCAUGUAAAACGGUGUCAAUUCACUUGCAUGUAUCAGCAGGCACACACCACUAGGACUCUUUCACUGGGUGUGGGGUCACGCACUUACUGCGACAAAUAACUCAUGAAUAUGCAAAUCGCUUGUGUAUCCCCUCAUUUAUACUCUCGUCCUGUAGACUUUUAUCAUUUACAUAAUUAAUCCCACCACACUUCAGUUGUACAGCCGGGUUCACGACCCUGGUCCUGCAUGCUUCUUCUCCUGUCCUUGUCCUGUUCUAUCUUGUCCUGUCCUUCCCUCACAGGGUGUAGCACAACAGCCCCAUGCAACACUCAUAUUUAAUGUUUCAUAUAAAAUAAAAUAAAAAUAAAUACAUAAGAAUAAAAAAAUAAUAAUGUACUGGCAUUACCGGAUAACUACCAACCCUUUAUUGCUCAGUGACUGUUUUUUUGUCAAUGUCUUUAUGUCUCAAAAGUGUUCUCUGUCAAUUGACUGUCUGUUGUCGUACAAGAGCGGCUCCAACUACUGGAGACAAAUUCCUUGUGUUUUUUUGGACAUACUUGGCAAAUAAAGAUGAUUCUGAUUCUGA